AUGGUGCUAAGGAAAAUGCUUGACAAGUUUAGAUCAAGAAGUGAAACGAAGAAGGUCUCUGAGGAGCCUGAAAAGAUUGAUUCGUCCAAGCAGCAGAAGCAGGAUGGAGGCCAUGGAGGUGGUGAAACAAAGAAGAAGUUGAAGAAGGUGCGAUCAAUAAGAGUGGCAGACUUUGAUGGAAUCAGGAAAGCUCCUAAGAAAACCAGUCAAAAUCCACUUAGCAAAUCUCCUCAACAAGCUACAGAUGAAGUGCCGAACUACAUGAAGUUUACAAGCAGCUACGAUGCAAGAAAGGAGAAGAGUAAGGUACCCAUCGAUUCCUCAACUCCUAUAACGGCUACGUCCAAAUCUCUCUCCUCUGCUGCUAGAGUCCUGGUAAAGAAUUCUAGUUUGAAGCUAUUGAGGUCUUCAAUGAAGAAAAAUAAAGGAAAGAAUAACCAGUCGUCGAUUUAUAAAACCAGGGCCAAUCGUUCAUCACCUAUUAAGGAUUCAGAAACUCCAGAGUCUGUGGAUCUCAAAGAACAUCAAGAUGCUUUAGCACUGAAGGUCUGUCCUUACACGUUCUGUUCUCUACAUGGCCAUAAACAUGGAGCUGUGCCUUCCCUAAAGCGAAUCUUGUCAUCAAGAAGACAGUCGCUGAAGGUUCAGAAGAGCAUGAAACUGAGAGGUUAUUCAUCAAUAAAAAAGAGCGGUGAUAAGGAGGCUGAGCUGGUCGAGAAUGUAGUUAAUGAACUCUUCAUUGAGAUCCACUCUAAGCUACAGGAAUGGGGUGAAGACAGCUUUGAUGAUGCUGAAAAAAUAUAUAUUUUCGAUAGGAUGAAUAAGAUGAAGUUGGAGGGUCCAAAUGAUGAGAGUCAGCUGCAAGAGUCAUGCUCAGUUACAAGCUUUGAAGAUUGUGGAGAAAAGAAUAGCGAGCUCUCUAUGGAAGACAUUCAGGUAAUCACUCAGUUCCUGAAAUUUAUCGAGCAAGAAUGUGAUGAAGAAGCUCAGUCAGAAACGGAAAAAAGUGAAAAAGCAGCAACCGUGGACAACUUACUAGUAGAAGAGUAUAAAUCAAUGGAAGAAGAUUGGACUAAAUUAGAAGCUGGUUGCGUUCAACGACAAAAGGACAUUAGUAAGGCCAAUUUGAAAAGUUUUGUAGUUGAAAAUAAUGUGAAAGAUUGUUCAUCACAGGGUAAUAGGUCUAAAGUAAAAUACAGCAAAUUGAGAAGACAGCCAUCGAAGUUUAGGGAGAGUGUAAAAGAGAUCAAUCGACGGCCACCACGAUUACUUGAAUUGCAAGAUGAACCAGAACAAGAGCAGGUAAAUCUCAAGCAUCAGACAGUGGAUGAAAGAAAAGCUGCUGAGGAAUGGAUGAUAGACAAUGCUCUCAGUAAGGCUCUCAGAAGAUUGGCUUCUACAAGGAAGAAGAAGGUACCACUGCUUGUUGCUGCUUUUGAGGCAGUCAUGCCACAAAUGUGUGAAACACAUAUGUGCCAUAAUGGAGCAGGCAACCUUGGUCAAAAGCAAGAUCAGUAA